CACACAUCCAGACGCCUCCCAGAGUAGGAGAGCUUUCCCGGGGAAGCCUUGCCCAGCCCUGCACUGAGGGUUUCCGUGCACAUCACUGCAGCUGCAGGCCCAAGAUGCCAGCUGUCCAGCUGCUGCUCCUGGCCUGCCUCGUAUGGGGUUCAGAGGCCAGGACGGCCCAGCUCCGGAAGGCCAAUGACCGGAGUGGCCGAUGCCAGUAUACCUUCAGUGUGGCCAGCCCCAAUGAGUCCAGCUGCCCCGAGCAGGUCCAGGCCAUGUCAGCCAUCCAGGACCUGCAGAGAGACAGCAGCGCCCAGCGUGCUGACCUGGAGUCCACCAAAGCCCGGCUCAGCUCCCUGGAGGGCCUCCUCCACCAGCUGACCUUGGGCCGGGCUGCCGGGCCCUCCGAGACCCAGGAGGAGCUGCAGAGGGAGCUGGGCACCCUGAGAAGGGAACGAGAACAGCUGGAAACACAAAGCAGGGAGCUGGAGGUGGCCUACAGCAAUCUCCUCCAUGACAAGUCAGCUCUGGAAGAAGAGAAGAGGCGACUGGGGGAAGAGAAUGAGGAUCUGGCCCAGAGGCUGGAAAGCAGCAGCCAGGAGGUAGCGAGGCUGAGAAGGGGACAGUGUCCCCAGGCCCACAGCUCCUCUCAGGACGUGCCACCAGGCUCCAGGGAAGUUUCUAAAUGGAAUGUGGAGACCGUGAACUUCCAGGAACUGAAGUCAGAGUUAACUGAGGUUCCUGCUUCCCGAAUCCUGAAAGAGAGUCCAUCUGGCCAUCCCACGAAUGAGGAGGGAGACCCUGGAUGCGGAGAGCUGGUUUGGGUCGGAGAGCCGCUGACCCUGCGGAGAGCCGAAACAAUCACGGGCAAGUACGGCGUGUGGAUGAGAGACCCGAAGCCCGUCCCGCCGCACACCCGGGAGACCACGUGGAGAAUCGACACGGUGGGCACGGACAUCCGGCAGGUGUUCGAGUACGACCGCGCCGCGCAGUUCCUGCGGGGUUACCCCUCCAAGGUGCACGUGCUGCCGCGGCCGCUGGAAGGCACGGGCGCCGUGGUCUACCGGGGCAGCCUCUACUUCCAGGGCGCCGAGUCCAGGACGCUGGUCCGCUACGAGCUGGCCACCGAGGCCGUGAAGGCCGAGCAGGAGCUCCCCGGGGCCGGCUACCACGGGCAGUUCCCGUAUUCGUGGGGCGGCUACACGGACAUCGACCUGGCUGUGGACGAGACGGGCCUCUGGGUCAUCUACAGCACGCAGGAGGCCAAGGGCGCCAUCGUCCUGUCCAAACUGAACCCGGAGAGCCUGGCCCGCGAGCAGAGCUGGGAGACGAACAUCCGCAAGCAGUCAGUGGCCAACGCCUUCCUCAUCUGCGGCCGCCUGUACACCAUCAGCAGCUACUCGUCGCCGGAUGCCACGGUCAACUUCGCCUAUGACACGGCCACGGGCCGCAGCAAGGCGCUGAGCGUCCCCUUCAAGAACCGCUACAAGUACAGCAGCAUGGUGGACUACAACCCGCGGGAGAAGAAGCUCUUCGCCUGGGACAACUUCAACAUGGUCACCUACGACGUCAGGUUCUCCAAGAUGUGAGGAGCCGCGGGCAUCAGGGAAGGCCGCGGGCCACGGUGGCUGGGGCUCCGGAGGGCGGAGUCCGCCGCCCAAGCCCCCGCAGCUUUUCUCAUCACCCGCCCGGAAGGCCGAGCGGGGUCACCGGGCCGCGGGUGUGGGACGAGCGGGAGGGGGUGAGUCAGUUUCACAGCCCACGGGCUUUGCUUCCGUCAGCUUUUAAAGGGCUGUGCAACCGAAAGAGUGCAAGUUUUGGGGUGACUUGGGGCACAAGUUAUAAUGCAUAGUAGUCUCUUCACGAAAGCACGAGGCUUUUAUAAAAGGCCCUCACUGGCUAAAAAGGCUGUGUGUGCAGGAGAAGGGCGCGGGCAAAUCAGCUCGCCCCCCGUGCCAUCGAGGGCCACCGUCCGCAUGCUGCCUGGUUACAAGCCACAGCUAGAGGAGGGGGAACAGCUCUCGUGGCCAGCACUGAACACCUGGGCUUCUAAUGCUUCUCGCAGCAUCCAGCGGGGCACCACAUAACCUCUGCCCUGUGCAAUAAAGCCAUCUUACAUGCUGUC